AUGAUAUUUGGCGCGUGGAAUGUGCGCACACUUCUUGACAGAGGAGAAAAUGCCUGCCCUGAGCGGAAAACUGCCAUUGUAGAUCGAGAACUAAGUCGCUAUAAUUUUUAUGUGGCUGCACUCAGCGAAACACACCUCCCCGAUCAAAGAGAGCUGGUAGAACACGGCAGCGAGUAUACUUUCUUUUGGAAAGGACUCGCUUCGUCAGAGCCGCGAAGGUCUGGUGUAGGCUUUGCUAUCAAGAACUACCUUGCUGCUCAACUACAAGAACAUCCUAUACACGUCUCGGACAAAUUACCACAUUGCGCCUUUACACGGGACGUGAAAACUAUUUGA